AUGUCUGCUGUGAAAUGCGAUCGCCAGGAUCCUUGCAUGAACUGCACCGAUGCAGGUGCAGAAUGCCUUCGCAAUCGCCAGGCACGAGUUCAUAGGCCGCGGGUCUCUCGACUGGAAACAUUGACCCAAAGAUUGGCAAAGCUAGAAGAGGCAACCAAUAAAGAGGCUACCAACUUUCCGACAACGCAUCACGCCGCUAGCAGUACAUCUUCGUCGCCUUCGGCCAAACUGACAAGUAUUACUGGAGUGCUCAAUGACAAGCAGAAGCGGUAUCGAGCAUAUGACCCCAAUGAUAUGAGUCCUCUGCAACCGCCAUUAAGUAAACACCGCAAGUCUCAGACUGUGGUGCAACAAAAUGUUCACCAAGCACAUUCUCCUGGCUCAACGCAUCAUGCUAGUGAGGCUAGAGAAUAUAUUGAGCAUGAACUCCAAUGCAAUCCUGCUCUGUCAAAAGAUAGACGCACUGCGCUUGAAUCAGCGCGCAAGUUCGUCAGUCAGCUAUCUAAUCCGACUUUAAAUUGGGAGGAGACCGCGGCUAUUCAUGAUAUGGAGAUUCAAGAAAACCUAGAACCCCCCUACUCUCACACCGGAAUUGCUCUAUAUGAUGGAACAAUCAACUGGCCUGAUCACAUUUCCGACAAGGUCCUAGAACAAAUGGGGCUUGGAAUUAUCGAGGGCGCAGAAUGUGAGCAAGUGCUCCAGCAUUACCGACUUAAUGUCUGGGUAAAAGCCAUGAGUUUUAUAUCAAAAAUGGGCCCUCUCGUUCCGAGCGAGCCUUUGAGGAAUCAUUUUCGGUCACUCAAAAAGAGAUAUGAAGCCGCUGCUAUAGAAAUUUUGAAUCAAAUUCCGCUGGCAGCUGAACCUAGUCUUCUUUUGCUUCAAUCAGUUUUGUCUGCAACCCGUUUGAUGCAAUAUUUAGGAAAUAUGACACGCUGCUGGAUGCUGACAGCACUAGCCUCGAGAAUGAUCGUCUCCUUGAACUAUCACAACAUCACAGAUGUCAGUCCUCGAACCCAGACAGAGGAAAAUAUCCAUGCCUGUGUUUUCUUGUGCUAUUACUUUGACAACACCCUCAGCCUGCUGCUCCUCCGACCACCGUCACUGCCGGAUCUGAAAGUUAAACCAACCCAGUUAAUCCACAUCGACCCUGAUCUGCCAACAUCUACCAUGAUAAUAGGCGUAGUCGAGUAUUCAGAGUUGAAGAAUACUCUGCUGACCAUCUUGCUUGAUACCAAACCGAUAGGAGACACAGAGAAGGCCAAUAUACUAUCUGAUCUUGUGGCGCGGGCACACAUAAUCCACUCCAAUAUGCAGAUGUUUCGUCGUCGCCAAGAACAACAAUUUACACAAUCAUGGAGCCAUCUGCGGCGCGAAUGGCUAUCAAUGGACUUCAACUACUAUUCUGUUCUCACGACAAUCAUCCAAGCCCGCUCCUCGGUGCUCAAGUCCCGCUUGGUCUGUGAGAACUGUCUAUACACAGCCCGGGAAGCUCUCACCACUCUCCGAGCUUUACAGGAAGCAUUCUCAAACCGCAUCAAUUCUAUCGACUCAUAUCCAUACUUUCUUACCUGGACCAUGCUGCUAUUCCCUCUAGCACCGUUCUUUGUCCUGUUUUGCAAUGUCAUCGCAACAUCAAACGAGAGAGACUUCAAUAUGAUCAAGAACAUCACCGACGACCUACAUCAAUUCGCAGAGGCCAAUGCCUCGAUCGGCAAACUGUACAAGCUAUUCUCCAAAUUCCUAGACCUGUGUGCCCCUUUGGUUAAAGGGAAUACCGAACCUUCAUGUUCAGAACAGCCAGCAGCUGCACCCUCUGAUGCGAACACGGCUGGAAAUACUGAGGCCCAGAUGGCAUCCUACACAGAUAUAUUUGGCCGCGCUACCGGUACCGAUCAGUCUUUGGUCAGGCUUGGGGGUACAGAUUCCACUGGAGAAGGCCCUACUGCACCACCGUCUGUGGAGGGAUGGAAUGACAGUCUUGUGUGGGAACUGUUCGACAAUCAACCCUCGUUGGGAUGGGCGGAGUCAGAACUGUGGAAUGCCAUGGCGCAGUUUGAUGCGUGA